GAUCCACAGCACGAGCUGGAACAACGUCUGGAGACUCUAUGUGGUCCCGUGGCUGUGGGCCCAUAACUGGAUUGUCAUGAUUACGUACCUCCAGCACAGUGAUCCUACGGUGCCCAUUUAUCGAGGCCAGUGGACGUUCCUGCGAGGCGCAUUGGCCACCGUCGACCGGCCAAUCUUUGGCUGGGUCGGACGAUUCUUCUGGCAUGGAAUUGCUCAUGAUCACAUUGCGCAUCAUUUCUUCGUAACGGUCCCCUUUUACAACCUGCCUGAGGUGACAGAGGCGAUCAAACCCGUUCUCGGGGACUACUAUUACUACGACUCGACGCCAACGCUCUACGCGCUCUGGCGUUCGUUCACGCAAUGCAAGUUCAUCGAGUCGACGGGCGACAUCCUGUUCUACAAGGACAUGCAAGGCCGCGCGGUGCGUCAGUGCCAGCAGGCCGAGGAGACGGUGGCGCCCGUGUUGCAAGAUGAGAAGAUUGACGUACUUUCUGAUGACGACUAGCACGCACGACAUGAAUCUGUACUUCCGCCUGAGCAGGCUUGGGCGCGUCCGCAUAGCUACUGUAUGUGUGUACACCUAGGCCAAACCGUGCUCUUGGUUGUACUCGCACCUCGGCUGUGUUUAUUUCUAUCCUAAUUGAUAAUGCCGUACAGCUGUUGUAGCAUCGCAGCGGCUGCUGAGGUCGAAGAGGUCCUGCUUGAUCUUGUAACAGAACGUUGAUGCUUGCGUUGGUACUGAAAGAGAAUGCGGUUAUUUCUGUUU